AUGGCCAGUAACGAUACUCAUUCCCCGGGCGUUAUAGCCUGUGCCAGCAUUGUGGAGGGAUACUUCCACGCUCUGAAGCCCGAUGAAGUCGCCGAUCACUCACACAAGAAUCCAUUCGACAUCGUUAUCAUCGGAUCUGGCAUGGGAGGCGGCGUGCUUGCCUCCGAUCUCAUCGAAAAAAACCUGCAGCUGGCCGCGAAUACGGCGUCAGUCACGUCCCAGUCGACCGUUGAGGAUGUCCAACGACUCGCCAAACACCUUUUCGAGUCGAUCGCGCAAUUUGCCGAGGGAGACCAUACCGAUCUCAAGUUGUUCAUCUCCGCCGUUCGGGUGGGAGCUGCGGCCCUCUGCGAUAUUAUCGUACGCUCAUCUGUUCCUGACUAUCAAAUCGCACCAGAGGCCCGCAAGAUGCGGGAACAGGCUGCCGACUUGUUUGAAAGGAUUGCAAAUGCCCUCGUCCAAACCCCGAACGAUAAGUCCGCUAUCGCAGCGCAGGCUGCUGACUUGAUAGCGUCUCUCUCCGGAUUCGCAUCAGGUGUCGUCACUGGAGACCUAGAGACAGACAUCCAACAAGAAGCAGCGGAUGUUUUCAACUAUGUCGUAUCUUGGCCUGAGAGUCCUGAGGUUGGCUGGACGAAGAGAGAUCUCCCGGGGGAAGCUGCCAAGCUCUUCGUAAAGUGUAUCAAAUACGUAGCGUGGCCGGCCCAGAAGGAUCCUGAUCAUUGA